UAUCCUGAAGCUUGAAGCACACCUCCAGGCAAUGAGUUGUUGUAGCCGGGGCAAGAUCUGAUAUUGACGGUGAUCAACCCCUGAGGGUUGCCAGCCGAACUGUCAUAUGGCCAGCAGCCUCGGACUGCCACACAAGACAAAGUCUAGGACUCCGUUAGCUGACGGUUGUUACAGUACGUACUAAGUCAAAAAAUAGAUAUUCGCAGAAACUGGAACAGAGAUGUGUAUAUUGAAUUCGAACAACAUUGUGAGACGCGAUACGCGUUUGAAUGUCAACAAUAAUACCCCUGUCAACCAACCUUCCGCCGACGUCAUUUCGGACCCCAGAUGCAUAUUACACAUCGCGGCAACACGACGUUCAAAAUGGCGCACAUGACCAAUCCGUUGGCAACCCCUGAGCAAUUAUACCGACGGAACUCCUUUAGCUCCCUUCCGCAGGAGCUUCGAGAUGUCGUCUUCUUUGCUACGCAAUGCCUCACUCAAGCAGCGGGCCUGCUCCUGCAGCUUCCUCAGUCGGUUACUGCACAGGCAAACGUUAUCAUAGGCCGAUACUGGCUUGUAGAUUCGAUGAUGUCCAAUGAAUUUAGUGAUGUUUCCGCUGCCGCAGUCUACCUCGUCGCCAAGCUGGGUCCCUCACCACGAUCGCCCCGCGACGUGUCCAACGUCUUUGCCUAUCUCCUCUCUCCCAUCUCUUCGCUCUUCCGCGACACACCACCGAGCAAUGAUCCAAGCUCCUACUACCUAAGCGAAUCGUCAUACCAAUCCUUCCACCGCCGCAUGCUCGACCUCGAAGCUCGCAUCCUGUACGCCCUGGGCUUCGACACCCACGUAUCUCUACCCCACCCACUCGCCGUCACAUAUCUACAGGCCAUAGAAUUCCUAGGCCACCCCAAGGAGAAGAUCUCGCCGAGGGUUGUGCAAUACCUCAACACGGCCCUUCUCUCACCCCAGCUGCUAUACCUGACGCACCAGCCGAAUGCGCUGGCUGUGGCAGCAAUCUAUAACGCUGCCAGGGAUGUCGGGGCUAAGAUGCCCGAGUGUGAAUGGUGGGAGGUGUUCGACGUCGAGAGGGAAGAGCUAGGAUUCCUCGUGGUGGGGAUGCGCAGCCUAGAGGGCUGGACGAGGAAGAUGAGGGAGGAUGUCCCGAGGCUUAAAGAGGGGAUGGUAACUAAGUCAGUGAUCGAGGAGGAGAUGACGAGAAGAGGACUAUUUGUCGGCAAUGGCAGCGGGAACGGGUUUGCCGAUGAAGAGGCAGAGAUGAUGCGCAAGAUGGACGAGAGGAUAGCCCAGAUGGAGGCCAGUGCCUGAUAUGGGUUACGUUGAUACCAAUUCCAAUGCCAAAUAAAACGGGAUGCCUUCCGAGACAGCUGUUUCAUGGUCUUUGAAGCUGCAAUGCUACUUCCAACGCUUCUCAUCCUUUGUCGUCUGAGCAAGGAUAUAUCCCGAGGCCAAGCUCACUCUCAGGCAGAGCUAGCCUUGUGUAGCAGCGCGACCCCAUCCUUCCACUACUUCAAUUGAACUACUUCAAUUGAGCUCAGCUACUAGAUCAUGACAACUCACUGUUCAAUU